CAAUCAAUUAAGGUAUUGGACUAUUCCUAUGGAGGCUCACUGUGCAGUUAUUGCAUAUUAAGGGUCCAGAACAUCCCAUGCAUGAGUCUACAGCACACCGUGAAUGAUGGAAAAGCGCAGUUCCGUGCAUGGAAGUGCACCGGCAUCGUUUACGAGCCACGAGGCGGUUCCUGAGGAGGACCAAUUGAAAAUACCGAGCAAAGGGAGGAGGAAGAGUCCGAAGUAGGAGGGCGGUGUGAGUUGGGACAUGUCCUGCAGCGCUGUCAACGCUCCUUGUGGUUUUUAAACCAUGAGAACGAGACGCGAGUCGUGAGUUUCCGUGAUCCGACAUCCUCGCAUGCACUGCACGCGCAGUCGGGACGCGGCACCCUGACUCCGCACGAGCCGCAUCUCCAUCAGCUUUUCUUCUUCUUCUUCUGCUGCUGCUGCUGCUUCUUCACCUCCGUCCUUACACUGAGACUGGCGGGGGAUAAAAGUGCAGGAGCUGCGGACUUUCCAGCUCUUCUCCCUCGCCGGAAGUGAAGAUGUAUCAGGGCCACUCUCAGGGGAAAGACUCGAGGGUGGUUGCCAUGAUGCUGAAGGAGUUCCCACGUAAGGCCUCCUCAGAUGGAAACCCCCUCCUCACCGUCACAACCAAGCUAGGCAGCGAACACCACGAGAGCCGACCGUUGCUGAGCCCCUCCAUCGACGACUUCCAGAGCGAGAGCAAGAGCGAUGGAGCCACGCGACCGGUCACCUCUAACACAGCAGUCAUCUCGACAGCGCUGGACCUGGUGGACCUGAGCGAGCCGUGUGAGAGGAGGUGGACUUGGGAGCGCCGCAGCCCUCGCGCCUCUUCCAAGAACAGCCUGCGCAGGAAGAAGACGGAUGAGACGGAGCUGAUCCAGGUGGAGACCGAGCAGCUCUCUCCUGGACACCUGAACCCCGAGAGAGCCUCGUUAGACUCAGUGAGCAGCUCACCCCGGGACAGAUGGGACGAGGUGAGCCUUCACCCGGACAGCGCCUGGGACGGAGGGAGGAAGUGGAGGUACGAGAGGAAGAGGUGCACCUCACAUCACUCCUCCAGCGAGCUGCUCUGGUCUGCUGACUUCAAGAGCAACCUCUCAAACAAACACACGCUGGAGAUGAGCAUGAGUAUGGAGUCUGACCCCGGGCCUACAUCGCAGAGGCCCAAGCUGAGACUAGGAAGCUCUCUGUUCGGCAGGCAGCACUCUCUGGAGGAGGAGUUUGUGCGAGCCAAAGCUGCUGUGGAGUCAGACACCGAGUUCUGGGAUAAGAUGCAGGCCGAGCUGGAGGAACUCGCUCGACGAAACUGGCUGGAGGACUCGGAGAGUAAAGGCCAGGUCCCAGCCAAGCCUUCGCCCAGUGAGACGGGGUACUUUUUCCACAUGAACAACCCGUAUAAAGACUGGCCCAAUGCGUUCGAAGAGGGGCUGCAGAAAUCCAGAGAGGGCGACCUGAACAGUGCCGUCCAGCUGCUGGAGGCAGCCAUCUUACAGGACCCUCAGGACUCCGAGGCUUGGCAGGUGCUGGGCACCACGCAGGCGGAGAACGAGAACGAGCAGGCCGCCAUCGUCUGCCUUCAGAGGUGUCUGGAGCUGCACCCGAAUAACCUGAACGCUCUCAUGGCACUAGCGGUGAGUUUGACCAACGCAGGACGACAGCAGGAAGCAUGUGAGGCUCUGCACCGCUGGAUCACACACAACCCCACAUACACACCCCUCCUGCAGGAGCGCAGCGCUCUGGACGGCUCACCACUGCCCCAACGCAGGGGCUCAAACGUCUCCCCCAUCCCCACUCUCGGAUGCUCUCAGCUGGUGGAGGUGUUGGAGCUUUAUCAGGAAGCCGUGCAGCAGAACCCGGGCUGUGUGGACCCUGACCUGCAGACGGGACUCGGCGUGCUCUUUAACCUCAGCUCUGAGUUUGAUAAGGCUGUGGACGCCUUUAAUGCAGCGCUGUCUGUACGGCCCGAGGACUAUCUGCUGUGGAACCGGCUGGGGGCGACUCUGGCUAACGGGGACCGCAGCAAGGAGGCUGUUGAGGCCUACACCCGAGCUCUGGAGCUGCAGCCCGGCUUCAUCCGAUCCAGAUACAACCUCGGCAUCAGCUGCAUCAACCUGGGAGCACACAGGGAAGCGGUGAGUAAUUUCCUGACGGCCCUGAACCAGCAGAGGAAAAGCAGGAGCCACCAGGUGAUGUCCAGCAGCAUCUGGGCGGCUCUGCGCAUCGCUCUGUCACUCAUGGACCUCCCAGAGCUUUUCCACGCCGCCAGCGUGGGCGAUCUCGACCUCCUCAUGCAGGCUUUCAAUAUGGAGAUGUGACCCUGAACCUAAAAAGAGAAAAACCCUCCAAAGUGAUGAGUGCAGCAACAACGUUGGGCUUUUUAGAAAAGAAAGCCAUGCGACACACACCAAGUGCUUUUGGUGUGAUUUAUUUAUUUAUAUUUCCGCUGGUGUGUCUGCUACUGAUUUGCAGGUUGCACAGAGGAGAG